AUGUCCUGCUUUCCACAAAUCCAAAUAUCUUCGUGGCUUCCUGGUUGGUUCACGGGCCUAAUCCAAGUUAGUGAUAAUAACGACCGGGCGGACACGCAAACGAAUGUUCAUCAACUCCAAAAUAUCACGUCAACCCCUAAUUAUGUGGAUGAGAUGUAUUUUCAUAGUCAGAGAUAUGACAGCGAUUCCCUAGACUAUGAUGAUGAUGAUGAUGAUGAUGAUCGAACCGUUGAACUCCCCGUUCCUACGAGUUGUGAAUUUUCCAAAUAUAUGGGGCAGUUCGAUCCACAGAAAAAAAAUUCUCGGGAAUGUCGCGGGAUCAUGGCGGAGCUGCCACUCAAGCAUUGGGAAAGUUUUGAGGUCAACGUAUAG